GCUAAACCCGCUGUGUGUGUGACGUGUAGGACCUCCUCCUCCAACACACAAGCAGCAGUAAUGGCGGACUACGACAACUACGAUGAACGGGACCGGGCCUACGGCAGCUUCGGCGGCGGCCGAGGGCCCCGUGGCGGCAGCGGUUCCGGAGGCCCCAGGAAGCAGAAGGAGCUGCCGACAGAGCCUCCGUUCACGGCGUAUGUGGGAAACCUGCCGUUCAACACGGUGCAGGGAGACAUCGACAUCAUCUUCAAAGAGCUCAACAUCCGCAGCGUCCGAUUGGUCAGAGACAAAGAGACAGACAAGUUCAAAGGUUUUUGUUAUGUUGAAUUUGACGAUUUGGAAUCUCUAAAAGAAGCUUUGACAUACGACGGCGCCUUAUUAGGUGAAAGGUCACUGAGGGUGGACAUCGCAGAGGGACGAAGACAAGAACGAGGAGCGGGCGGCUUUGGCUUCAGGAAAGACGACGGCAGAGGACGAGGAGGCUCUCGAGGCGCUCCCAGAGGAGGAGGAGGAGGACGCGACUCCCGUGAGGACUUCGACCAGCCAGGAGGAGGUGCGGUCAAAGAGUUCAGCAGCUCAGGUUUUAGAGAUGAUGACUACAUGGGGGGGCGGAGUCGAGGCGGUGGCAGUCGCCCUAGUGACAGAAGGGGUGGAGGUGCAGGGAUGGGUCGCUACAGAGACGGACCCCCACGCGGAGGAACGACAGACUUCAGGGAACCGUCUGAAGAGGAGCGUGCACAGCGGCCUCGGCUGCAGCUGAAGCCUCGGACCGUCUCUGAGCCGCUCAACCAGGUCGCCAACCCCAACUCCGCCAUCUUUGGCGGAGCGAAGCCGCGAGAGGAGCACUGAGUCAUUUAAAGCCGCCACCACAGAUCCCAACCAGACGGUGGCGCUAGCACGCCGCAUUGCCGACAGAACAGAAGAAACCGAAAGCUUUUUUUUUUUCUUUUUUUUCUUUUCUUUUUUUUGUGCUGUUUGGUGGUUUCAGUGUGGGUCAGACGCCAGCGUCCACCGAUAAAUUGUUGUAAAGUUGAUUGUGUACAAUAAAGAUGGGGCUUUGGUCUGGAACCUGUAACUUCUGUGUGUUUCUCUGUGGCCCGACAGGAAACUGGCUGUAAACCCGGCCCAGGUGAAAGCUUUCAGGUGUGGGUCUGCGUCGCUUUGACAUCAUGUGUUUUUUUUUUUUUGUUUUUUUUCUUGGAGGUAAAAUGCAGAAACGUUUCUGAAUAAACAACUGUUAGAACUUUCCUUUCCUUGAGUUUAUGGCAAUAAAACUGUCUUCAUCUUUGUCCUCAUA